AUGGAAAAGCCACGAGUUACAGAGCAACCACCACCUUAUUCCGCCACCGUCUUGCCAGGGCCUGUCCCGCAGCCGGCUGGUGCUCCGGGUGCGCCGUACCCGCCUCCCCCGCCCGGGUAUACCCCGUAUGGAGUGCCUCCACCUCCAGGUACGGGAUUUGUGCCCAACUAUGGAGCCACAAGUAUUAUCAUUCCACCCCCUAUAAUAGCCGUGGGUGCGUGUCCGGCCUGCCGAGUUGGCAUACUUGAAGAUGAUUUCACAUGUUUGGGUAUCUUAUGUGCUAUUCUAUUCUUCCCUAUAGGGAUCCUAUGUUGUCUCGCUUUGAAAAACAGAAGAUGUUCUAAUUGUGGAGCUCUGUUUGGUUAG